CGCCCGGUAUUUCGGUCCCGUGCCGGGGUCCGGUGGGGUCCGGCGGCGACCGGGCGGCCACACCCAGUGGCGCGCCAGGGGCUCUCGCAGGUCAUCGCUUAACUCUGCUCGGGCGUGAGACCGACCCAGGUGUCCGACGAUGGUGCACUGGAAGCGGGACCUCGACCUCUACACCAUCGGCCGCCCGCUGGAACGCAAUGCCGGCUUCUGGCUCAACUACAUGAAGGGCCUGAAAGUCGAGUCCCGGGCGCAGCGCGGCACCACUCCACCUCUGGUCAGCGACUCGAUCCGCGUCGACCGUCAGUACAGCUCGGAGGUGGCCACCAGCAAGCGUAGCGUCGAGGUCAAGCAGGCGCUGGUGGCGGUCAAGGAGACGCGACCCGUCUAUCAGCUGAGGAUGGCGCCGGCCGUGCCGCAGUAUACGGCCGGCAACUGACCUGACCUCCGUAGGUUGGACGGGAGCUCAGUGAUCACGGCGAUACUACCCCGACACGCAGCGAGCCGGUGAUACCAGCGGCGCCGCUGCCGGUCCGCACGCCGCCGCGCGCCGCUGGGCCGGCCGCCGCCGCCAAGGACCCCCUCAGCGACCCGUUCUUCACUGCGCCCGACCCGCUGGACGACGUGAACCUGCCCAUGGCGCCGGCCUACGAUGACGUGCGUGGCAUCAUCGACCGCGCGCGCAGGCGCCACCGCGACCUCCGGGCCGACGCCGACAAGCGCGCGGCGCGCUUCUAGAGCGGCGGCGGCGGCGCGGACGGCGGCGGGGGCGCCGUCUGGCGGGCCGGUCAGCGGCGGCCCGCCUGGGGGCGGCGGCGACCCCGCCCGCCCGUUACAGCCGGCGUGACGUCACUCCGCUGACGUGACGUCACCCCGCGUGACGCGCCGCGAGAAGGGACGGGUCGACGGUGGUGGUGCGCUGGCGCGGCUGAGCUAGUUUCGUGUGCCGUCUUGUGGCGGCGGAUGCACUGGCAUCCGAUCAAAAGAGCCGGGGCAGUGCUGGGCGAUGUCUGGAGACGGUAACGCCUUGACGAUGUUGGGACUUCAGGAUCGCUGGUGACGAGCUGCGCCGCGGAGGAACCCUGCUACGGAAGACGAAUACACGGAUGUUGGGAGCGAAUACAAGGGUAUUCCCCAAUAUAUGCCA